GCACGCUUCGCCAUGGUGAUUAUAGUAGUGGUAACUGUGUGAAGGAGGGAGUGGUAGGCGAUGGGAGGUGAGGGGAAAUGGGUCUGGGAACUGAUGCUGAGUGGGGACCGUUCGCUCGCUCUUAAGUGUGUCUGUGUCGACGCCGCCACAUUGCAAAAGUUGCCCAACGGCCACGGCCGUGGUGGUUGGGAUGGAUGCGGAAUCCGCCCUGUGCCUGCGUCACCCACGGGCGAGCGCGGGCUCGGAGACUCUGCUGAGGCAGCCGCGCCGCAGAGCCAUGGCCCGAGGCCGACCCGUGCAGGCGGCCCACCAAGCACCCAGCCCGCGGCCGACGUUCUAUUAUUCAUACCUCACCAACCACCGCCCCCCUAACGCCCAACCAGCGCCG